AUGUACGAGCCAGUACCAGUGGAGGAGCACGAUGAAGACAUGGAGGACCUGCUAGAGGAAGAAGGGGAAGGUAUGGAAAACCCAAUUGAGCCAGGGGAAGCAGAAGAAAUGGCAGAUCCAAUAGAAGCAGCAGAAGAAGAAGAAGACGACAUACCCAUAUUCUGGGCCGAGGAUGACCUUCUUGAGUUCGAGGACACCGAUUCUGAAGACAAGGAAGAGACAGAAGUGAUGAUGAAUGACCCCGAGGCACCCCCAUACGAAUCUGAUGAUGAAAAGAACAUUUGGAUGGUGAACACUCAAAGACGGUUAGCAGUUGGGCCUAGGACGCCCAACCCACAAGUUGGCAACACCGAAGGAAACACCAGUAGGCAUCCAGAAGGCGACUCUAGUCAAGAGACCGGAGGUAGUCGACUAGAUCAAAUGGAGCGAAUACUGGGGGGUGUGGUGGGACUCAUACAAGAAACUCACUUUCGAGACAGCUAUGCAGUCAGCAUGCUUGAUCUCUAUCAUCGACAGAACCCUCCCAUCUUUCACGGGAAGCUUGGCGCAGACCCUAGUGAAGGAGAAUUUUGGAUCGAACAAAUGGAGAAGCUACUAGACCACCUGCACCGUAGAGAAGAAGAGAAGGUCAAUUGUGCCACCUUUAUGCUGCAAGACGAAGCAGACAGGUGGUGGAAGGGAGUCAAGAGGGCAAUGAACCCUCGGGCCAAGGCUCCCUAUAUCACCUGGGAGCGAUUUAAGGAGCUCUUUAAUGAAAAAUACUUUCCCCUGAAUGUGAGAAUGAAAAAGGAAAGAGAAUUCAUGGAGUUAAAACAGACCGGAGACAUGACUGUUGCUCAAUAUGAAGAUGCUUUUAGUCGAUUGAUCCGGUAUAUGCCCAUUUAUGAAGGAGACGAAAGGAUCAAGGCCCAAAAGUUUUUGGGAGGGCUGAACCUGAAACUCCAAAGGGCAUUGAGUAGUAUAAAUACUCAGUCCUAUUCAGAAGUGGUGCUGCAAGCUUAUACCACCGAGGCUAACCUGAGCCGGAUUGACGCUAUCCAAGGAGAGAGUCAGCAGGGGAGCAGUCAUAGAGUCGGCAAGAAGCUAGAACCGCAGAAGCUGAAGUUCAAGCCUGGUACCCCAUGCGCGAAAUGUCAGAAGCAGCACCCAGGGAGGCCAUGCCGGCUCGGGACAAGGGGGUGUUACAAUUGUGGAGAAAUAGGGCAUCUCAACCAGAAUUGCCCGAAGAAGAGAAUCACCUGUUACAACUGCCAGCAGACUGGUCAUUUUGCAAGGGAUUGUCCUAAGCCGCGAUUGACGAAUCAACCUCAAGGGACGACCGAAAAUGCUAGAGUUCAGCAGGGAAGGGUGUUUCAUCUGACACGACAAGAUACGGUAGAAGACCCAGCCGUAAUUGAAGGAAUGGACUUCCUAACUAAGUACAACGCGACAUUGGACUGUAAAGAUAAAACAGUCUGUCUCAGGGCUGGAGACCUGAACAUCAAGUUUCAAGGGCAAAAGAGGGCAAGUGAUCAGACGUGGAUCUCGGCUCUAAAGGCUGAGAAAUUAUUACGACAAGGAGCACGAGGAUACCUGUCUUGUGUCUUAGAGAAAGGCACGGAGCCAUUGAAGAUCGAGGAAGUACGCAUCGUCAGAGAAUUCAGGGAUGUGUUUCCUGAUGAAUUGCCUGGAUUGCCACCUAGACGAGAGAUUGAGUUUGCAAUAGAAAUCGUGCCAGGGGCAGGACAGGUUUCGAUACCCCCGUACAAAAUGGCCCCUGCAGAGUUAAGGGAACUAAAGACCCAAUUACAAGAGUUGCUCGACAAAGGAUUCAUAAGGCCAAGUAUGUCACCAUGGGGAGCACCAGUACUCUUUGUUAAGAAAAAGGAUGGGAGCCUGAGAAUGUGUGUCGACUAUCGACAGUUAAAUAAAAUAACGAUAAAAAAUAAGUACCCACUUCCCAGGAUCGAGGAGUUGUUCGAUCAAUUACAAGGAGCCAAGGUCUUCUCGAAGAUUGACCUAAGAUCAGGGUAUUAUCAAUUAAGGAUCAAAGUAGAAGACGUGCCUAAGACAGCUUUUCACUCUCGAUAUGGGCACUAUGAAUUUCUGGUGAUGCCGUUCGGACUGAUCAAUGCCCCAGCAGCUUUUAUGGACACUAUGAAUCGGGUUUUCAGGCCAUUCUUGGACAAGUUCGUGAUCGUGUUUAUAGACGACAUACUGAUAUAUUCUCCCUCAGAAGAAGAGCACGAAUCACAUUUAAGGAUAAUAUUACAAACAUUACAAGAACAUAAGUUGUAUGCCAAAUUUUCCAAAUGCGAAUUUUGGUUGUACCAGGUGGCAUUUUUGGGGCAUGUUAUAUCGGCUGAAGGAAUAUCAGUCGACCCGGCCAAGAUAACAGCUGUAGCAAAUUGGAAGCAACCUCGAUCGGUUACCGAAAUUAAGAGCUUCUUGGGAUUAGCCGGAUACUAUAGGAAGUUCGUGGAAGGGUUUUCCAAAAUUGCAACACCCCUCACCAAGUUAACUCAGAAGGGGGUGAAGUUCGACUGGAGUAAGCAGUGCGAGGAAAGUUUUCAGACACUUAAGGAUAAGCUGACAACCGCUCCAGUACUAGCUAUGCCAAAUGGAUCAGGAGGAUUCAUGAUCUACACUAAUGCCUCGAGAAACGGUUUAGGGUGUGUGCUGAUGCAACACGGUAGGGUCAUUGCCUAUGGGUCUCGACAGCUCAAAACCCACGAGCGGAACUACCCGACCCACGAUUUGGAGCUGGCGAUAGUAGUAUUUGCCUUAAAGAUUUGGAGGCAUUAUUUAUAUGGUGAGAAGUUUAAGAUUUUUACUGAUCACAAGAGUCUGCAGUAUGUCUUCUCACAAAAGGAAUUAAACAUGAGGCAACGAAGAUGGAUGGAGCUAUUAAAAGACUACGACUGUACUAUUCAAUACCACCCCGGUAAAGCUAAUGUCGUAGCAGACGCCCUGAGCAGGAAAGAAACCCCCUGUAUGGCCGGAAUAAUGAUGAUAGAGUGGAAGCUAGUUAAAGCUUUCAGCUUAAUGGCGGUAGGAGUAGUUUCCCGAGGAAACUCAGUCUACGCAGCUAGUCUCACGUUGCAACCGGAAUCAAUAGACCAGAUACGACAAGCCUACUCGGAAGACCCUCGAAUAAAGAUGUGGGUGGAUGAUCACAGGCGAGCAAAGAAACCAGAAUUUUAG